AUGGUCAUGAACAAGAGAGGGUAUGCCAAACUUGUUGAUUUUGGACAUGCAGAGACCAACGUCACUUACACAACUCCUAUGUUUGAUAAACUGGGCACCAAACAGUACAAAGCCCCUGAGUAUUUCGAAAAGGGCCCGAUUUGGCGGUUUGUGGAUUUCUGGGCACUGGCUGUUUCUCUCCAUAUAAUGAUAGUUGGAAAGCACAUUCAAAUGGAAGAUAAAAGGGUACUGAUUGACAAGAAGCACCUCUCAGAUGCAGCACAACAUCUUCUAGAGCAAAUGUUUCAACAAGAUCCAUUUAGCAGGCUCGGUUCCAGCCGUAGGGGUGCCAAAGAAAUAAAGGAACAUCCAUUUUUCGAAGAUUUUGAUUGGGAAAGGCUUGAAAAUGGCUCUCUUAUGCCGCCAAAAUUAAAGAUACCAUCGGUUAAACCCUAUUUAAAGUUUAUAGUGAAAUUAUAG